AUGAAAACUGUUUAAUAGGCAAUUAAAAAAAAAGGAAGUUUAGCUCUUAUUAUAUAAAGAGAUAUGAAAGUACAUAACUCUUAUAAGUAAUGAAUUGAAUCUAUUUUAAAGAGUUUAAAAUGCCCCUUUUUAAAAUAAAAUGUCCAAAUAUAUUUUGAAUGGCAAUCAAGUGUAUGUAGCAUCAUCUUCAAAUAAAUCAUUUCAGGCUUUACAAUAGAAUUUAGCCUUAGUAGAAUAAUUUACUCCUAAAGUAAAUCUAAAUAUUGAUCUAGAUAGUGUGUUUUACUUGAUACUCUAUCUAAUAGAGUCUUAAAAUAAUGGAUAAAUGAUACAACUGUUGAAACAUCAGAACAAUAAUUAUUAGGCAAAAAUAAAUAUACUAAUUUAUUUCUUAAAGUAUUUCCAAAGUAAAGGGAAUUCUUUACAAAAUAUGAUAAUGGAACAUAUGUUUAUUAUGUUAAAAAUAGGUAAAUAGAAUUUUAGGAUUAAUUGUCUAUUGCAUAUUAUGCUUGCAAUGAUCCAAAAAUGAUGAUUAUGAUAUCAAAACCAGAUGAAAUUUUAUAAAUUGAGGAUAUAGUAUAUAAUUUUACUUUGGAAGAAUUAAAAAAUGUAUUUAUGGAUUCUUUAGAAAAAAUGAAAAUUGCAAUAUUGAAACCUGAAGCAGAUCCAUCUGAUUCUUUUGUUGAUAUUAUCUUUUUAUUUAGAAACACUGUUUUGAAAAAUCAUUAAUAUUUAUUUGAGAAUUAUGUGAAUUAUUAAGCAGCUCUUUUAUAAAAAUCUUCAAGAGUUAUGGAUAAAUGUUUCUUAUUUACAAAUCAAUUUCUAGUAGAUCAAAUUACAAAGAUAAGUUAAGAAAAAUAUUAUGAUUAUUCUUAAUUUUAUAAAGAAGAAGAAUUCGAUUAAAAAAAUAAAGAUGAACUUUUGGAAAAGAUUGUUAUAGCAGGUUAUAUAAUUGAUUAUGUAUUAAGAGUAAGAGCAAUGAAUGGAUAAAAUCCUUUUGAAAAUACUAAAUUUAAUAAAUAUUUGAAUUAAGAUGAUAUUACAAAAUAUUUAGAACUUCACAACUUUUAUGCUGAUUAACUUUAUAAUUUUUAGAAUUUUUCAAUUUAAGCAUCCUUAUUUAAAGAUUCUUAAUAAAGUAAUUAUCUAACAUUUGAAGAAACAGUAUAAAGGUUUAAGUAAAAAUCUGAAAACUUUAAAUAUUAGUUUGAGAUUAUGCAAAAUUCUUAAGUUAAAUAAGGUUUGGUGAUGUAAGAACUUUUUAAAAAAUAGAUAAGUAAANUAUGAAAGUACAUAACUCUUAUAAGUAAUGAAUUGAAUCUAUUUUAAAGAGUUUAAAAUGCCCCUUUUUAAAAUAAAAUGUCCAAAUAUAUUUUGAAUGGCAAUCAAGUGUAUGUAGCAUCAUCUUCAAAUAAAUCAUUUCAGGCUUUACAAUAGAAUUUAGCCUUAGUAGAAUAAUUUACUCCUAAAGUAAAUCUAAAUAUUGAUCUAGAUAGUGUGUUUUACUUGAUACUCUAUCUAAUAGAGUCUUAAAAUAAUGGAUAAAUGAUACAACUGUUGAAACAUCAGAACAAUAAUUAUUAGGCAAAAAUAAAUAUACUAAUUUAUUUCUUAAAGUAUUUCCAAAGUAAAGGGAAUUCUUUACAAAAUAUGAUAAUGGAACAUAUGUUUAUUAUGUUAAAAAUAGGUAAAUAGAAUUUUAGGAUUAAUUGUCUAUUGCAUAUUAUGCUUGCAAUGAUCCAAAAAUGAUGAUUAUGAUAUCAAAACCAGAUGAAAUUUUAUAAAUUGAGGAUAUAGUAUAUAAUUUUACUUUGGAAGAAUUAAAAAAUGUAUUUAUGGAUUCUUUAGAAAAAAUGAAAAUUGCAAUAUUGAAACCUGAAGCAGAUCCAUCUGAUUCUUUUGUUGAUAUUAUCUUUUUAUUUAGAAACACUGUUUUGAAAAAUCAUUAAUAUUUAUUUGAGAAUUAUGUGAAUUAUUAAGCAGCUCUUUUAUAAAAAUCUUCAAGAGUUAUGGAUAAAUGUUUCUUAUUUACAAAUCAAUUUCUAGUAGAUCAAAUUACAAAGAUAAGUUAAGAAAAAUAUUAUGAUUAUUCUUAAUUUUAUAAAGAAGAAGAAUUCGAUUAAAAAAAUAAAGAUGAACUUUUGGAAAAGAUUGUUAUAGCAGGUUAUAUAAUUGAUUAUGUAUUAAGAGUAAGAGCAAUGAAUGGAUAAAAUCCUUUUGAAAAUACUAAAUUUAAUAAAUAUUUGAAUUAAGAUGAUAUUACAAAAUAUUUAGAACUUCACAACUUUUAUGCUGAUUAACUUUAUAAUUUUUAGAAUUUUUCAAUUUAAGCAUCCUUAUUUAAAGAUUCUUAAUAAAGUAAUUAUCUAACAUUUGAAGAAACAGUAUAAAGGUUUAAGUAAAAAUCUGAAAACUUUAAAUAUUAGUUUGAGAUUAUGCAAAAUUCUUAAGUUAAAUAAGGUUUGGUGAUGUAAGAACUUUUUAAAAAAUAGAUAAGUAAAAUAAUAUAAACUAGAAUGAUGUAAGGGAUAAAUUAAAAGGAUAUAAUAAGAUCUAUGUAAAAUAUAGGAAGAGAAAUAUAUACAAAGUAAGAUUUGAGAAAUUAUUUAAAAAUUUUAUUAGAAGCAAAUGCAUUAUUAGGAUAUCCAUUAAAAUUUCCAGGUAAUUUAAAAGAUUUGAUGCUUGAUUAUAUUUAAAAUUUAUAGGUUGAAAAAACAGCUAAGAUUACUUCAGGAUUAACUUUUAAAUCUUUAACUAAGAAUUUACAAUUUGCUUAAUUACCAAAAAAAGAAUCAAAAUAAGAUGAAUUUACUGAUGAUGAAUUAGAUGAAUGUUUUCGUUAUGUUGUAAAAUAAGAUGGAAGUAAAAAUGAAUUACCAGAAGAAUUUAAAUAUAAAUCAUUUGAUGAAAUGAAAAAGAUUGCUGAAGAAUUCUAAUAAAUAAAUAUUAAAAUGAAUUCAAAAGGAAAAUAUGAACUCGUUGAUUUCAAUUAGACAAGAUUAAAUUAGGGAGAAGUUGAUAAAUUAUUACAUGAUUUAGAAGUUAAUAAUCCUAAUAAAAAUAAAAAAGAAAAGAAAUAAGAAUCUGAUGAUAAUGAUGAUUAAUAAACAUAACUUAAGAGUGGAAGAAGAAUUAAAUAAAAGAAAAAGUGA